ACAAGUCUCUUUCCUAUAAAAUCUCUCAUUUCAUUUUUGCUUCCUCCAUCAGAAACUAUAGGAGGAGGAGAGAAAAAAAUGGUGAUCAGACUGUAAAAGUUUGAGUCUUUCUUUGAUUUUUUGGUCGAACCCAGAUCUUGGAAAUUGGGUUCGGUUUGUUUGCUAUGGCUGCAGUGACUGACUGAGUGAGUGAGAUAUAAGAGGUUGGCAAAUGAAGGCGUUUUUGGUUUCUGGGUUCUCUUCCUUCUUCUUCAUUUUGGCUGCUGUCAGCUCAAUUUCUGCUCAGACUGUGACUGUGAGCAAUGAGCCCCACCAUGUUUCUGUCAAGUUCAUUCUAGGAGAGGAGAAUUUGGGGCCAUGGAAGAAUGUAAUCUCGGAGGCUGCACAGGCUCCAGGGCCUGCAAGUGAUGAUGCCAGUCAGAGCACGCUUGUUUUGGCGGAAAACAGGACGAAUAGGCCGGACAUUCUUCACGGGCUUCGGCAUUACCAUGGCGGUUGGGACAUCACCAAUCGGCAUUACUGGGCCUCUGUUGGAUUUACAGGUGCUCCUGGUUUCAUUCUUGCUGUCGUAUGGUUUAUCUCUUUUGGCUUGGCUCUUGCGGCUCAUCAUUGCUGUGGAUGGAGGAUAAACAUAAAAGGGAAAGGAUCACACCAUUCACAAAGGAUUUGUCUUAUACUGCUUAUACUCUUCACAUGUGCUGCAGCGAUUGGAUGUAUCCUACUCUCGGUUGGGCAGGACAAAUUUCAUGGUGAAGUGCUGCAUACUCUGAAUUACGUUGUUAACCAGUCAGAUUACACCGUGGGGAUCCUAAGAAAUGUCACUCAAUAUCUCUCCCUAGCAAAAACUAUUAGUGUGGCCCAGGUGUUCCUUCCUUCUGAUGUCAUGGAUGAUAUUGACAAGUUGAACAUGGAUCUUAAUAUUGCAGCAGAUACGCUGACAGAGAAGACAAGCCAAAAUUCAGCCAAAAUAAAGAAAGUCAUCAAUGCUGUGCGCUCUGCUUUGAUAACUGUGGCAGCAGUAAUGCUUCUUCUGGCUCUGAUUGGUCUUAUCCUGUCUAUCCUUGGGCACAAACAUGCAAUCCACAUAUUCAUAAUAAGUGGAUGGUUGCUUGUUGCAAUUACAUUUGUCCUGUGUGGAGUUUUCGUAAUCCUCAACAAUACAGUUUCUGAUACCUGCAUGGCCAUGGAGGAAUGGGUAGAAUAUCCCCAUGCAGAAACAGCUCUUAGCAACGUCCUUCCAUGUGUUGACCAUAGGACAACAAACCAGACACUUGUGCAGAGCAAAAAAAUUGUCACUCAAAUUGUAAAUGUCGUCAAUGAAUUUAUCUAUACCUAUGCUGAUACUUAUCCCUCCAAGGAAAGUCCAUACUAUUAUAAUCAGUCGGGUCCUAUGAUGCCGCCACUCUGUUAUCCAUACGACUCUCAGCUGCAAGAUCGCCAGUGUGAGUCUCGAGAGGUGUCUGUGGCAAAUGCUUCGGAGGUUUGGCAGAACUACACAUGUAAAGUUUCAGCAUCUGGCCUGUGCUCCACCGUUGGGAGGGUAACACCGGACAUCUAUGCACAGCUGGUGGCUGCAGUAAAUGAGAGCUAUGCACUUGAGCACUACACCCCGCCUUUACUUAGUCUCCAGGAUUGCAAUUUUGUCCGGGACACAUUCAAAAAUAUCACCACAAGUUACUGUCCACCAUUGAGCCACUAUCUUGAGAUAGUGAAUGCAGGAUUGGGAAUGAUUUCAGUUGGAGUCUUGCUCUGUCUUGUUCUUUGGAUACUCUAUGCAAACCGCCCCCAAAGGGAGGAAGUGUUUGUGAAACCAUCCUUGCCAAUUUCGAAUUCCCCCAUCAGGUGAAGUGUAGACUGUAUGGUAGAAAAUCAGUAUUGUAGUUAGGUCUAUAUCUUGAGCUUUCUUAUACCCCUAUUAGGGGAAGAAACCAAAGUGGGGCGAAGCUCCAUUUUGAGUUGAGGGCUAAAAUUACAGUGUAUUCCCUUAUGUUAUAUAUAUAGUUAAAGCAAAUCAAUUGGUUGAUAUUUCUGAC